AUGAUCAUUAAUGUGUUGGUGAAUUCUCCAAAAGGAAGCUUAUUUCUUGAAUCUAUUGAUGCGAGUGACUCGUCUACUGAUUCCAUCAAGAUGUUCUCCUUGUUUCAGAGCACCAUUGAGAAGAUUGGACCAGAGAAUGUUGUUCAAGUUGUUACAGAUAAUGCAACUGAAAAUGUUAAAGCAGGUGCUAUGUUGAAGGGAGUGUUCCCGAACAUCUAUUGGACUCCAUGUGCAGCUCAUUGUAUAAAUUUGAUGUUCGGGGAUAUUUUCAAGGAAAGACCCUUUAGAGAAGUUUUCACUAAAGCUGUUAGAGCGCAUUCCUACAUUGUUCAAAGGCUUUUGUUGUUGAACAUGAUGAGGAGAUUCACAAAGCAAAAAACCUUGGUGAAACCUGGCAAAACUCGAUUUGCUACUGCUUUCUUAACCUUACACCGUAUGCAUAUACAAAAGGCCAAUUUGAGAAGCUUGUUCAUUUCGGAUGAAUGGAACAAUAGUAAAUUUGCAAAAGAAGUCAUGGGGAAAGAAGUUGCACGCAUAAUGAUGUCUUAUACUUUUUGGAAUAAUGUUGUUCAUGCUCUUAAAAUUGGUAGGCCGUUGAUUAAAGUACUUCGUUUGGUGGAUGGAGAACAAAAACCACCCAUGGGCUACCUUUUUGAAGCUAUGGAUAGGGUUAAGGAGUCUAUACGAAAAUCAUUUAGUGACCCACAUAAGUAUGCAAAGGUCUUUGACAUCAUUGAUAAAAGGCGGGCGGAUCAACUUCAUCAACCUUUGCAUGCCGCUGGGAAUUUGUCGAACCCAUCAAGCUUUUAUGAAAAUAAUGAGAUGCGAUUACUAAAUGCAAAAGUGACGAAGGGAUUCUAUGAGAGUGUUGCUAAGUUGGUUCCCAAUAUAGAUGAGCAAGAUCAAAUAGAGGACCAACUAAGUGCUUAUACUAAUUCUGAAGGGACCUUUGGGUUUCCAAUGGCUAUAAGACAAAGAAAGAAGAAGUCUCCAGUUGAAUGGUGGAGGCUUUAUGGUGGAGACACUCCGGAAUUACAAAAGUUUGCCAUCAAAGUUCUAGGUCUAACUUAUAGCUCUUCCGGAUGUGAGAGAAACUGGAGCGUGUUUGAACAUAUUCAUAGCAAGCAGAGGAAUAGACGAACCCUAAAGCGCCUCAAUGACCUAGUGUUCAUAAAAUAUAAUAGAACAUUGAUACGUCGUUACAAUGCUUGCAAUGUAAUUGAUCCAAUUGGUUUGGACAAUAUUGAUGAUGCCAAUGAAUGGCUCACCGGGGUUGAGAAUGCUGAAGAUGAAGCAAUUUUUUAG